AUGCCACUGCCACUACCACCCCAACGCUCCAGACGUGAGACUAAGAAAUCUCAGUCCAGCAAAAUUGUGCCCAGUGAUCAUGGCCCAUCUGAAAAGAGAGAGGAGAAUUACCAAGCAAAGAUAUCUCCAUCUUCACCUCAGGGGCCACUCAAAAAGAGGUCAGCUUUUGAAGAUCUCACCAAUGCUUCUCAAAGUCAACCUGCCAAACCCAAGAAAGAAGCCAGUAAUGAGUUUGUUAAAGAUGUUUCCAAGAAGAUAAACAGGAACAUACGUGCUCGUGGGUAUAAUAAGCUGGAACUCUCACCAGUAGUAGUCUCAACCACCAUGGUACCAAAUAUUAUAGAUAAACCAUUCAUUCUGGAGAUAUCUACCAGCUCCAAGACACCCACUACUGAGGAGGCAUCUCUUUUCAAAAAGCCAUUCAUUUUAAAAGAGGAACCCACUACUGAGGAUACAAUCCUCAUCAAGAGGUCAUUAAAGAAGAGCACAAAUCAGAGGGAGGUGUCCCUCUUAGAGAAGCCACUAUCCUUGCAGGAGGAGACUGACAGUGAUGUUGUAGAGCCAGUGACUUCUGGGGAGAAGCAUAAAACUGAGAAGGCAACCCCCACCAAGAAGCUGUUAUCUUUAAAGAAAAAGUGUACCACUCAGGGGAAGAUGUCCUGUAUGAAGAAGCCACUAGUAUUGCAGAAGAUCACCUCUGAAGAGAAGUCACUCGCUAAGGAGCUGUUGUCUUUUAAGAGAAAGCCUACCACUGAGAAGGACUGCCUUUUCCAGGAGCCAUCUGCAUUGCCAAAGAAGCACACCACUGAACAAGAGGUGUCCAUCUUGAAGAAAUCAUUGGCCUUUCAGGAGAAGAUUGACACUGAAGAGGAUUCCGUCUUUAAGGAACCAUUGGCUUUUAAGAAACAACCUACCACAGUGGAGACAACCCUCACCACAAGGCCAUUAUCUUUAAAGAAGAAGUGCACUACUCAGGGGAAGAUAGCCCACUUGAAGAAGCCAUUAGUAUUGCAGAAGACCAUCUCUGGAGAGAAGGUACUCAUUAAGGAGUCAUCGUCCUUUAAAAAGAAGCCUACCACUAAGGAGGAGUCCCUCUUCCAGGAGCUAUCUGUGUUGCAAGAGAAGCACACCACUGAUGGGGAGGUUACCCUUUUGAAGAAGCCAGAGGCAUUGCAGGAGAAAAAGGAUGGUGAAGAUGAAUUUCUUAUGGAGCCAAUUUCCUCAAGGAAGAAGCAUACUACUAAGGAGGCAACCCUUUCCAAGAAACCAUUACCUUUAAAGAAGAAGCAUAGUACUCGGGGGAAGAGGUACUGCUUGAAGAAGCCACUAGUAUUACAGAAGACCACCUCUGAAGAGAAGUCACUCAUCAAGGAGCCGUUAUCCCUUAAGAAGAAGCCUACCACUAAGGAGUCCCUUUUCCAAGAGGCAUCAGCAUUGCAGGAGAGGCACACCACUCAGGAGGAGUUGUCCAUCUUGGAGAAGCCAUUGGUCUUGCAAAAGACUCCAACUGCAGAGGAGUCCCUUUUAAGGGAGACUUUGGCUUUUAACAAGAAGCGUGCCAUUGAGGAGGCAACCUCCUCUAAUAAGCUGUUGUCUUUAAAGAAGAAGUGUACCAGUCAGGGUAAGAUGUCCUGUUUGACCAAGCCACUAGUAUUGCAGACCAUUUCUGAAGAGAAGUCACUCAUUAAGGAGCCAUUAUCCUUUAAAAAAAAACCUACCACUGAGGAGGAGUCCCUCUUGAAGAAACCAUCUGCACUGCAAGAGAAGCACACUAUUCAGGGGGAUGUGGUCCUCUUAAAGAAGCUAUGGGCAUUGCAGGAGAAUAUAGACAGUAAACAUGAAUUUCUUAUGGAGCCAGUGUCAUUUAGGAAGAAACAUACCACAGAUGUGGCAGUCUCUACCAAGGAGUCAUUAUCUUUAAAGAAGAAAAGGUGUACCACUCAAAUGAUGAUGCCUAUCUUCCAAGAACAGUUGGACUUGCAGAAUAUGAUUGGUGAAGGUGAGGACUCCUCCUUUAUGGAGCCAAUGUCAUUUAGGAAGAAGUCUUCAACUGAUGAGACAAUUCUAACCAAGACACCGGUAUCUUUAAAAAAGAGGCAAAUCACUCAGGGGAAGAUGUUCCUCUUAAAGAAGCCACUGGUCAUAGAGAAGACUACCUCUGAAGAGGAGUCACUCUUUAAGGAGCUGUUGCCCUUUAAAAAAAAGUCUACAACCGAAGAGUUCCUCUUCCAGGAUCCAUCUGUACUGAAAGAGAGGCACAUCACUCUGCAAGAGGUGUCCCUCUCAAAGAAGCCAUUGGCCUUGCAGGAGAAUAUCACCACUGAAGAAGAAUCAUAUAUUAAGGAGCCAUUGACCUUGGAGGAGAGGUCUACCACUGAGGAGGAAUUCCCCUUUCAGGAGCCAUUUUCAUUGCAUGUUAAACCUACCAACAAAGAUGAGUCCCUCUUCAGGAAGUCUUUUGCCUUGCAGAAGAAGACUGAUAACAAAGAGGACUCCUUGAAGGCACUGUUAGCUUUGCAGGACAAAAGCACCACUGAAGAGGAAUUCCUUUUCAAGAAACCAUUGGUUCUGAAGGAAGAGCUCUCCACUGAGGUGGCAGUGAGCAUAGAGGGGCAAUUAACUUUAAAGAAGAAGCCCACUGCUCAGGGGGAGGUGUUCCUCUUGAAAAAGCAGUUGGCCUUGCAAGAAAACAUCACCAUUGAAGAGGAGUCCCUUAUUAAGCAGCCACAGGCCUUGCAGGAGAAGCCCAGCAUUGAAAAGGAGACCAUCCUGAGGGAGGAGUCCUUGGCCUUGCAGGAGAAGCCCACGAGUGAGAAAGAGACCCUCUUCGAGGAGCCCUUGGCCUUGCAGGAGAAUCCCACAAUUGAGGAGGAGGCUAUCCUGAAGGAGCCCUUGGCCUUGCAGGAGAAGCCCAGCAGUGAGGAAGACUUGUCUUCCAAGGAGCCAUUGGCUUUGCCAAAGAAUCUCACUCACAAAGAAGACACCUUUCUCAAAGAUUUCAUCAUCCUCCAAGUUGAAACCAGCCCACAUGUGUCUACCACUGCCCCUGACUCUAGAACAGGCUUGUCCAGCACUGUCACCAUGUCCAGUGUGGGCAAGUUCAGUACCACAAGCCAGUCCAGUACUUGUGAAUCCAGUUCCAAUGAACCUUUCUCAUCUCAGGAAAAGAGAUCAGAGAAGGAGAUGACCCCACUGGAGGAUAUUGACAAGGACCACAGUGAUCCAUUUUUCAACUCAAUAUAUGCUAAGGAUAUCUUCAGUUACAUGAAGGAGAGAGAGGAAAAGUUCAUACUUAAAAAAUACAUGACCAGGCAGAGUGAUAUCAACAGUGACAUGAGGGCCAUUCUCGUGGACUGGUUGGUGGAGGUGCAGAUGACCUUUGAGAUGAGUCAUGAGACCCUGUACUUGGCAGUGAAGCUGGUAGAUCACUACCUUAUGGAGGUAAUAUGCAAGAGGGACAAGCUACAACUCCUUGGUUCCACUGCUUUUCUGAUUGCAGCAAAAUUUGAGGAGCCCAGCCCACCUUGUGUGGAUGACUUCCUGUACAUCUGUGAUGAUAUUUAUAAGCGAGAUGAGAUGCUCGCCAUGGAAAUCAGCAUCCUAAAAACCCUCAAAUUUGAUAUCAACAUUCCCAUCGCCUAUCAUUUUCUGCGCAGAUAUGCUAAGUGUGUCCAUGCCAGCAUGAAGACACUGACCUUGUCCCGCUUCAUCUGUGAAAAGACCCUGCAGGAAUACGACUAUGUCCAGGAGAGGGCUUCCAAGCUAGCUGCUGGCUCCUUCCUCCUGGCCCUCUACAUGAAGAAGCUCGGACACUUGGCUCCUACCCUGGAGUAUUACAGUGGCUACAAGACCUCUGAUCUUCACCCCUUGGUCAGGCAGCUGAACAUCCUGCUGACUUUGCGUUUGUGCAAUAGGCUCAAGACUGUGCAUUCCAAGUAUUCCCACCAGGUCUUCUUUGAAGUCACCAAAAUCCCGCCCUUGGACGUGUUGAAACUGGAGGAGAUUUUGAACUGCGCUAAUUCUGAGGCUGAGGGUCUGGUACUCUGGCAGCAGCCACCGGGGCCAGGCAGGCAUGUAAAUAAGCUGUAUUUAUUCUGUCCUUGAAUUUGUCUUUUCAUCACUUUUCUUCAUUUUUACUGUUUGUCUAUUCCCAAACUGAUAAUGUUGUAAAUAUUUGUGUUUUUUUAUGAAAGAGAAGAAAUUAUUGUUGUAUUUGAUUAGAAAUUUAAUAAAAAUUAAUGGUUGUUGUUAAAA